AUGGGGAGCCUCCCACCUUGCGGCGCAUGGACGAACUGGGAGGAAGUAGAAAUAGCCGGAGAGAACCCGCUGGAAGGGAGCGUCGUCGAUUAUGGGGUUAUAAGCGGCAAGGUUGACCUCAUCGAAGCCUUCUUCAACACCAACAAGGAUUUCCGUGGAUUUGAGAGGGCGGGGGCUCGAAAGGGGAAGACUUUUGACCCGUUUGGGGAAAUGGUGGCACUGCGGGCUCCGCCGUUAGACUCUACAAGCGGCAAGUGGGCGGCGGAGAUCCCCGAGUUCCAAGAGCCGUCCCGGUUUUCCUUCAAGCCCUUGAAGCUCGCUGGCGCGGAAGAAGGCGGCGUGAGGACGAUUCUCUCCAACCGCACAAAUUUUCCUAUUCUGGCAACCAUUGGAGAUGCUUCUUCGGGGGAAUCAGAGAACCACCAAGGUGCCCAUCGGCGACACAAGGCCUCCAACCUUUGCCUGAAGCGGAAGGAGCGAGGAGGAGAGCUCACUGCAGCAGAAGGCGAUCUCUACUGCCGCAUUAGCAGCGAAUCGGGCACUUCGACGACGACAGAAGGCAGCUUCUUCGUCGAGCUUGGAAGCCGCUCGGAGAUGGGGAAACCGGGGGCGGAGGCAGAAGCGGUGGCGCAGCUGAAGGAGAUGAUCUACAGAGCCGCCGCUCUGAGGCCGGUGACGGUCGAUCCCGUGGGAGCGAUGGAGAGGACGAAGAGGAGGAACGUGAGGAUUUCCAGCGACCCGCAGACCGUUGCGGCGAGGCAGAGGAGAGAGAGGAUCAGCGAGAGGCUGAGGGUGUUGCAGCGGCUCGUUCCCGGCGGCGGAAAGAUGGACACGGCGUCCAUGCUCGACGAAGCCGCCAAUUAUCUCAAGUUCCUCAAGUCACAAAUCACCGCCUUGCAGAACCUGGACCCUAGCCGUUGUUCAUCCUCCUCCUCCUCCUCGUCUUCUUCUUCCUCUACUUCAUCUUCUUCGUCGUCACCUUCUUACACUUUCGCUCCUCUUUCGCUGCCUCUCAACCAGUUCUUCCCCAUGCAAGGCUUCCUACCCAAGACCCAGACCCUAAGCGAGGGCCAGCCCUCGAAAGGGACCCCUUUCCAGCCCUUCUGA